AACUGACCGUGUCAUUCUGGCAAACACUGGUUCAGCGAAAGAAAAAAAAAAGAACCGUGGAAAUCAGGUGGCAACCUGAGGCAUCACUCUCGGUCGCACUGUCCGUCAAUCUCACUUCUCUCAUCUUAAGACUAUCUUCUCCCUUCUGCACUCUCUCUUUUCUUCUACACACACUCUCUAUUGACGUAUUGUCUACAUUCUUUAUCAUUCAUUCUACUCCAACCGCUGGCUUCGGUCGAGUUCCCAACGGCGGCUAUUAUUCCCCAGGAUCGCCCCGGCAUGUCAAUGCCGUCACUUGAAUCCGACUGUGUCGUUCUCUCUCUCAUUGAUUAGAUCUCUUUUUCUCUACUUUGAACCGUCAUUCUUUCUUUUCUCCACAGCCUCUGAAGCGUCGCGAUGCUGUUCAAACCCGCGACGCCGCUUACUAUCCUCCUACUCAUCGCCUUUGCGCUCCUGGUGCUAUCGGUUCUUUCGACGCCCAUUGUUAAACAGAUUCCCUUGGCGUCAUUUGACAAUGUCGACUACGGCGUCUUUGGCUACUGUAAGGAUGGCGUAUGUACGGAUAUUCACAUCGGAUACACCAGCAGUGAUAUCUCCAACACCGGCAGCAGCGAUUUCAACCUUCCGUCCGGCACUCGAAGGUCGCUCUCGUCCAUUCUCAUCGUUCACCCUGUCGCCGCCUUCCUCACCCUCGUCUGUCUCUGUCUAGCAGCCGCCGCUCAUUUUCAUGGCCCGUCGCAUUCACCGCGAUACCUAUUGGCCUUGCUGAUCCUCCUGCUACCGACGCUCCUCGUCAGUCUGCUUGCAUUCCUCGUCGACAUCUUGCUCUUCGUCCCGCAUUUGCAUUGGGGCGGGUGGAUUGUGCUGGUCGCAACCGUCAUUCUUGUCGCCUGUGGUGUGGUCACCUGUGCCAUGCGUCGUACCCUGGUCAGUCGGAAGGCAAGGAAGAGGCGCAUCGCUGAAAAUGCCGAAAUGAGCGGCGAAAACUAUUACAACCGCCAGAAUGCGGCCGCUGCGGCACUCGACGAUACCAAGCCGGAGAUGAAUGGUGAUACAAAGGAGGCAUAUGUAACCGACGGCCCUACAGCUGAUGGCCCGACCUUUGCUACUUUCCGCACCAACACCCGCGAGAGCGACGAUGACCAGACCCCGCUUAAUUCGCAAACGCCUGCACCUGCCAACGACUACCCGCUCCCCAACCAGCCCCUGCGCAAUGGAAUGCCCUACGGCGCCGCUCGCGAUGAAGUCGGCAACCCUCUGCCCCCUUCUGGCCCGUACGCGGCUGCCGGCCGGGGAGGAUCUGCUGAUCCUCGGAUGAUGAACGGUGGCCCACCGCCUGGAUUUGCAUCGCGCGGACGAGGUGGCUAUCCUCCAAGAGGCGGCUAUGGCCGUGGAGGCUACGGCCCACCACGAGGAAGAGGCGGUCCCAUGGGUCCUAUGCGCGGUGGCCCAGCUAUGAGAGGACGAGGUGGCUAUCGCGGUCCGCCACCAGCUGACUACGGCUACGACGCCUACGCAGCGCCCGCGCCACGGACCCAUCCUACACCUCCUCCAGCGGAGUAUCGCGGGACCUCGCCUGUUUACCGACAACCGUCCCCGGGUAUCGGCAUGGCUUUGUCGGCUGACGGAGGCCCCGUUGGCCAAGCCAUUGAGAUGACACCGCAACCGAGACGCUCUCCGGGGCCUGAUCAAAUCCACGCGUUGUCAGUUGAUGGGUAUCCCGAGCCUACGAGUCCUUCUAGCUUCUAUAGCAGGACACCAUCAACCUACGUUCCAGCACGCGCAGGUUGGACUCAACCCGAUAACCGUCUAGGCCCAUCACCUUCCCCGUCACCCGUCCACGCAUACAGACCACCCGGUGGCGCACACCAUGCGCGUAAUGACUCGACAGACUACUAUGAAGAUGUGGAUUUACAAUUUGCAGAAAAUCAACCGGCAGUGUCUGCACCACCUCCAGCGCUGCCGUCUGCACUGAUGCCCGGGCCUGCUGGUGAGCCUAAACCGGUUGUUGAAGAUAUUCCCGAGGCACCCGGCUCACCUACUGCUAGCGAAAUGAGUCACUUUACUUCUAUUUCACAACGACCUGUGAACCCGCGGUGGCAACCUCCAAUGCAACCAGCUCAGCAGCGCACCAACAUGUUGUUGGAAGGCAACCCAGAUUUUGAUCUGAGCGCUGGUCGACGGCGAGGAGGUGCCGGCCCGGGAGGUCGGAUGCCAACAUUGUCCACGCUUCGGGAGGUUACAAGAUACCCAGUUCCUUGA